GUAUCCGCCACACUACUGCCUCAUUUACUUCUAAUAAAAGAAAGACACGUUGUGCCACUGCACAAACACAACCUGUUUCAAAUAAUGAAGCUAAGCUCGCUGGUGUUUAUGUUAUGUAGGAGGUUUGAGCAUAUAUGGUGCCCCCCCCCGCUGGAUCCAAAAUGAAAAGGAAGCACUUUUUGUUGUGCAGGCAGCUGGACCUCUGCACACACUCUGAAAACCGCAGGCCUGGGUGGAUGGAGACAGCCACUGCCAAAGCUGCCAUGGAGUCUUAUCUGGAGCAUUAGAGAGUCUCUGAUUGAGAACGACUGGGACCAUCUGCACGCUAUAAAGCUCAUUUGUGUCUGCGUAGGUUGAGAGGAUGACACGCGAUCGCCCUCUGAGAGGAGACGAGGAACUGAGGUGCAUCAGAGGGCAACAGCAGGGGGGGGGAACCGUGGGACCGUGGGAACCCCACUGAAAUGAGUGUCUUCAGCGUGUCAUGAGUGUCUUCAGCGUGUCAUGAGGUGUCGCAGCUCUCCGUGGUCUGGGCGUCAGGCAGUUUGACAGAGAGCUGCCACACACCAGCCAAGAGUGGGAGAGUAGGAGAGCAAUGAUCCAGAGGGCCGUGGCAACUCCGACGUUCUCAGUGGUGUUUCCGUGGUGACUCCAGUGACACACAACCUGUCCAGCAGCAUCCAUCCGUCCAUCCGUCCAUCCCGCCAUGAUCUGAGCAGCCCGCCGCUGAGUGCCCCGGACCACAACACAGAUAAUCCUAAAGAGAGACCAACAGCAGGCAAGCAUGUUCCUGUGAAAACGUUCGCCCUCAAAACUCCCUCAUGGACCGAGGAACGGGAACGAAGAAGGGCUCCUUCAAGCGUGGGGGCUCAAUGAAGCGCACCAUAUCCGGGUCGCAGAGGGCGCAAAGAGCAUGGAUUGAAAGAACUUUCUACAAGAGAGAGUGUACCCGUGUGUUCCCCACCAAAGACCCAACCAGGUGUGCCUGUGGUCAGCUGAUCACCGGGCAUGUGGCCAUCCCCCCAGCCGCCCCCCCCAAGCCCCAAGAGGAUGGAGCACCGCUGGUGCAGGUGGAGCUCCCCCAGGAGAAAUGGUCCAUGGUCAAGCACACGCACACCUUCCCCACAGACGCCUAUGGCACCAUCGAGUUUCAGGGCGGAGGCUUCAUUAACAAGGCCAUGUACAUGCGGGUCUCCCACGACACCAAGCCAGACAACCUGCUGCACCUGAUGGUGAGGGAGUGGCAGCUGGAGCUGCCCACGCUGCUCAUCUCCGUCCACGGCGGCCUGCAGAACUUCGACAUGCAGCCCAAACUCAAGCAGGUGUUCGGCAAGGGCCUCAUCAAGGCCGCCGUCACCACCGGUGCCUGGAUCUUCACCGGCGGCGUCAGCACAGGUGUGAUCCGACACGUGGGCGAUGCCUUGAAAGACCACUGCUCAAAGUCCCGAGGCAAAGUGUGUGCCAUCGGCAUUGCCCCCUGGGGAAUCCUGGAAAACAAAGAGGACCUGAUCGGCAAAGACGUGACCAAGCCGUACCAGGCCAUGUCCAACCCCCUCAACAAACUGGCCGUGCUCAACAACAGCCACUCUCACUUCAUCCUGGCCGACAACGGCACGUGUGGGAAGUACGGCGCCGAGGUGAAGCUGCGCCGACAGCUGGAGAAGCACAUCUCUCUGCAGAAGAUUAACACCCGUCUGGGCCAGGGUGUGCCUCUGGUGUGUCUGAUCAUGGAGGGUGGUCCGAACGUGAUCUCCAUCGUGCUGGAGAGCCUGAGGGAGGAUCCACCUGUGCCCGUGGUGGUGUGUGACGGCAGCGGGCGAGCCUCCGACAUCGUCUCCUUCGCCCACAAGUACACAGAGGACGGGGGGUUCAUCAGUGAAGAUGCCAGAGACCAGCUCCUGGUGACCAUUCAGAAGACCUUUAGCUACACUAAGAGCCAAUCACAGCAGAUCUUGCUGAUGGUCAUGGAGUGCAUGAAGAAGAGGGAGCUGAUCACAGUGUUUCGCUUGGGUGCGGAGGGACAGCAGGACAUUGAGAUGGCCAUUUUGACCGCUCUGCUCAAAGGCACCAACGCCUCUGCCCCAGACCAGUUGAGUCUGGCUCUCGCCUGGAACAGGGUGGAUAUCGCACGCAAUCAAGUCUUCGUCUACGGACACAACCUCCCACCUGCCAGUGCCAUAGCGUUUGUGAGCGCCGCCACACCCACCCAGGAUAAGCCAAAGAGCCCCAAGGUCAAGGUCAAAGGUCGGGGCAAGAGGGGCAAGGGGGGGAAGGCCAAAGUGGAGCCCCCAGUGGAGACUGACCCCAGGAAGCUGGAGCUGCUCAACUGGGUGAACUCACUGGAGCAGGCCAUGAUGGAUGCCCUGGUCCUGGACAGGGUGGACUUUGUGAAGCUCCUGAUCGAGAACGGAGUCAACAUCCACCACUUGCUCACCAUUCCCAGGCUGGAGGAGCUCUACAACACAAGACAGGGACCUGCGAACACUUUGCAUGUAAUUGUACGAGACGUGAAGAAGGGGAACCUCCCCCCAGAUUACCAAAUCACUUUGAUUGACAUCGGACUGGUGGUGGAAUACCUGAUGGGCGGGGCUUACCGGUGCAAAUAUACCCGGAAGGGCUUCCGUGCCCUCUACAACAACCUCUAUGGGCUGAAGAGGCCAAAGGCCCUCAAACUCUUGGGAAUGGAGGAUGACGAACCGAGGGGUAAAGGGAAGAAGAAGAAGAAGAAGAAGGAGGAGGAGGUGGACAUCGACGCGGACGACCCGGAGGUCAGCCGCUUCCCGUUCCCAUUCCAUGAGCUGAUGGUGUGGGCAGUACUGAUGAAGCGCCAGAAGAUGUCGCUGUUCCUGUGGCAGAGAGGGGAGGAAGCCAUGGCUAAGGCGCUGGUGGCCUGUAAGCUCUAUAAAGGCAUGGCCCACGAGUGCUCGGCUAGUGAACUGGUGGACGACAUCUCCCAGGACUUGGAGAACAACUCUAAGGAGUUUGGGGAGCUGGCGUACGAGCUGCUGGACCAGUCCUACAAGCAGGACGAGCAUGUGGCCAUGAAGCUGCUCACCUACGAGCUGAAGAACUGGAGCAACUCCACCUGCCUCAAACUGGCCGUGGCCGCCAAGCACCGCGACUUCAUCGCGCACACCUGUUGCCAGAUGCUCCUCACGGACAUGUGGAUGGGCACUCUCAGGAUGGGGAAGAACCCGGGCAUCAAGGUGAUUAUCGGAAUCAUCUUCCCGCCGUCCAUCCUGCUGCUGGACUUGCGAGACGACGUAGUUCAUCACACCUCUGAACCCGGCGGGGAUGAGAAGGACAAGGAUGACGACACCAAAUCCUGCAAGGAUGUUGACACAGAGUCCAAGAAGGACGAGGAAGAGGGCAGCAAACACGUGAGGAGGGUCCCCAUCGCCAAGAGGAUCUAUGAGUUCUACAACGCCCCUUUCACCAAGUUCUGGUUCAACACUAUAGCCUACCUUGUCUACCUGAUGCUGUAUAACUACAUCAUCCUGGUGAAGAUGGAGCGCGUGCCGUGCCUACAGGAGUGGAUUGUCAUCUCUUACAUCAUCACCCUGGGACUGGAGAAAGUCAGACAGAUUCUGAUGUCGGAGCCGGGGAAGCUGAAGCAGAAGAUCAACGUGUGGCUGGAGGACUACUGGAACAUCACAGACGUGUUUGCCAUCGGCACCUUCAUCCUGGGCCUGCUGAUGAGGGCGCAGGCCGAGCCCUACAUGGGCUACGGCCGAGUGGUCUACUGCGUGGACAUCAUCUUCUGGUACAUCAAGGUCCUGGACAUGUUCGGAGUCAACAAGUACCUGGGCCCGUACGUCAUGAUGAUUGGGAAAAUGAUGAUUGACAUGCUGUACUUCGUGGUGAUCAUGCUGGUGGUGCUGAUCAGUUUCGGGGUGGCACGCCAGGCCAUCCUGCACCCCGACGAGGAGCCCACCUGGCGGCUGGCCAGGAACAUCUUCUACAUGCCUUACUGGAUGAUCUAUGGGGAGGUGUUUGCGGACUCGAUUGACCGUAAGAGUAAAAUUGAUAUCUACGCAAUGGAAAUCAACCCCCCCUGUGGAGAUAACCUGUAUGAUGAGGACGGGAAGAGGCUUCCUCCUUGUAUCCCUGGAGCCUGGCUGACCCCGGCCAUCAUGGCCUGCUACCUGCUGGUGGCCAACAUCCUUCUCGUCAAUUUACUCAUCGCUGUGUUCAAUAACACCUUCUUCGAGGUGAAGUCCAUCUCCAACCAGGUGUGGAAGUUCCAGCGCUACCAGCUGAUCAUGACCUUCCACGACCGCCCAAUCAUGCCUCCGCCCCUCAUCGUCCUCAGCCACAUCUACAUCCUCUUCAGGCGGACCUGCUGCCGCUGCAACCAGAAGAAGGAGGGCGAGCUCGACGAGAAGGACAAGGGCCUCAAGCUGAUCCUGACUGGAGAGGAGCUGAAGACCCUGUAUGAGUUUGAGGAGCAGUGCGUGGAGGAAUACUUUCGGGAGAAGGACGACGAACAUCAGUCCUCAAACGACGAGAGAAUCAAGGUCACUCAUGAAAGGGUGGAGGACAUGUCCAUGCGACUGGAGGAAGUGAACGAGCGUGAGAACACCAUGAAGGCCACGCUGCAGACGGUGGACCUACGCCUGGCUCAGCUGGAGGACAUCCACGGCCGCAUGAUGAACGCGCUGGAGAAGCUGGCCGGCAUCGACCACUCGGAGCUGAAGCGUUCGCGCUCCAAUGCCUCGUCCAUCCACGCCGAGUCCAACCUGCUCCGCCACGGCAGCGUCAACAGCAGCGACGGCUACAGCCUCUACCGCUACAGCCUGGAGUUCGAGGGCCGCACGCUGGACGGGGAGAAGGACCCCGGCAAGAUGGGCCAGCUCGGCGGCACCGAGAGGCAGGGCAGCCUGGGAAGGGCGCCGAGCUACCGGUCCGGCGCCCCUAAAGAGUACGGGCUCACGCUGGACGUGAAGAAGCCGGGACUCAGCAGGAAGCCAAGCUCCUGUGUGGACAUCCUCAUCUCCCCCUGUGAACAGAGCACGGACGAUGUAAGUAAGACGGUGGCAGUUCCCACAGACGCGACCGGCUCAGCCCAAACGGGGACGGCAGGGACAGGAGCAGAGGCGGGGUCGGCAACCCCGGAGAAAGCCACCUACUCCUCGUUGGAGAAAUCCAAAUCCUUAAGGUUAGGCUCACAGGAGUCUCCGAGAGAAUCGCACCCCGCCGCAAGGAGGGUGAAGAGUUGCAUCAUCUACCAGCCAGAUGACAGGGAGGAGGAGACAGCAGGAGGAGUGGUGGCAGAGACGGAGAGGCCUAGAGACGAGUUUCCUCGCUCAAACCCGCGGGAGAAGUCAAGCUCUUUCAGAAUGUUCCCUCCUGACCCACAGAGACUCUCCCCGAACAGCGCCAGGAAAGCCGUGAGCUGCAUCAUCUUCAACCCCAACGAGGUGGAGCACAAGCCAGCGAGAGAAGAGGUGGUGGUGCCGGUGCCGGUGGAGGGAACCAAACCGGAGCCUGGAGUGGCGUACCCGCUGGGAAAGUCCAAAUCUUUCAAAUACCCCCCGGAGCCGAUGUCCCCCGCCACAGCCAGUAGGGCUAUGAGCUGCAUCAUCUUCAACCCUAACGAGGUGGAGCACAAGCCAGCGAGAGAAGAGGUGGUGGUGUCGGUGGCGGUGCCGGUGGAGGGAACCAAACCGGAGCCUGGAGUGGCGUACCCGCUGGGAAAGUCCAAAUCUUUCAAAUACCCCCCGGAGCCGAUGUCCCCCGUCACCGCCAGUAGGGCUAUGAGCUGCAUCAUCUUCAACCCUAACGAGGUGGAGCACAAGCCAGCGAGAGAAGAGGUGGUGGUGCCGGUGGUGCCGGUGGCGGUGGAGAGAACCAAACCGGAGCCUGGUGUGGCGUACCCGCUGGGAAAGUCCAAAUCUUUCAAAUACCCCCCGGAGCCGAUGUCCCCUGCCACAGCCAGCAGGGCCAAGAGCUGCAUCAUCUUCAACCCUGCCGAGAGAGGAGGGGACGAUGGCCACUGGGCGAAGGAUUAUGGCCCCCUCGUGGAGCUGGCAGCCAACAGCUCCCCCACCAGGGUGAGUCGUCUGACAGCACGCCUAGAGUCCAAGGUGCACCCGGUGGCCCAGGUUCCGCAGAUGCCUAUGGUGAGUGUGUUUGACAGCCAUGCUGGGUGUGUAGGGCUCGAGCAGGAAGCGCAGGAGAACGGGGGGCUGCAGCCGCUGGCCUUCCUCAGCAUCCCUCACAGAGGAGGACACAUGGACGGGUCGUCACGGUUACAUGCGGAGAACCAGGCGACUGAGAUGCUAGCGCCCCCUGGAGGGCAGGCAGAUGAACAGCCACGGCAGAGGAGGAGCGAAGGCGGAGCGGAGACGGACAGGGACCUCCUGCACGCGGACGAAGGCUGGAUGCCCCAACACCUGAGGUCGAAGAGCUGGAGCUCACAGCCUAAGAAGUCGCUGGAGGUCGACGCAGACAAGCCCCGGAGCUCGACCAGCGAGGUCAACAUCCUAAAAGCAUGUGAGGGCGCCACUGGAGAGCAGGAGAAAUCAGAAGAGUAGUCACAUAGUUGGAGCCAUCAGACGCACAUCCCACACGCACCGCCGUCAUAGCAACCCCAGCUAGAUCAUCGGGGGACCAACGCAGAUUCUGUUGGAUGCUGUAAAUCUGACUGCCCACAAGGGAGAAAUAUUGGACAAGGUUGGAGCCAGGUGCAAAAGACAACGGUAAAGUGGAAAAAAAAAGUAUUGAUGUCGACACACAGGGUUCAUCAAGUAAUACUGUUUUCUGGCCACAAGGUGGAGCCAUCACACAAAGCAAAGUCUUCUUGUCCAAACUGAGGAAGACAUCAGAGGACCAGAGGAACUCUUGCUGUUUCCAGAGCUCUGGUGGCUGGAAAGGUGUACACUCACACCUGGACUACUGAGGUCCAGGUGGAAUAAAGAAAAUUGAUCAUGUAGCAGAAAACAUGACACCGCACACUUCAGCUUUGAUGGAGUAUACUUUGAGACAUUUAGUUUGAUGAUGGUGAAUUUUCAUUAGAGGAUAUUCUUUAAACUCUUUUAAAUAAUUGAUUUAUGAAAUACUUUGCUUUUAGCUACCUAAUUUGCAUAUGUUGUGAACUGGAUUGUAUUAAACCUAAGCUAUAAUAGAACACUACCCAAUGUAACUACACACUUUCAAUGGAAUGUCACUACUUCUUUGUCAAGGAAUGCUGGUAGUCAAGACACCAAAAUACUUCAAAAAACCUCUUUGCACUGUUGUACUGAAGUCUCGUAACAAGAACAACAAUGAACCAAAAUAUUCUUCAAUGACA